CGACAUGAGCCAAAUAACACACAGCCAGCAACAAGAGUAGCAGCAGUCUACAGAAACUGCGACGAAAUUUGUCCAUCAUCAUCAAAAUUCGCUGGUGUCCGAGAAAAGAAUAGAAAUCUGGUUCCAAUCGUGGAUCGCGUGACGGGCUCGUAGAAUUUGUUCCUGUUGCGUCAAGAAAGUACCAUCGCGAAGCCGGAUAUUUGCUUGGGAGCCAUUUCCGGAUUAUGUGAAGUGAAAAUCUAGAAUCUUCAGAAAGUGAAAUUACUAUCGCAAUUGUCAACCCGAAUAAAAAAAGAAGCACAGCAAAGGAAGCAGGUACAGGACGAAAACUGGAGCUAAUCGGUCGUACAGUAAGCAGGACCCAAAAGUCAGUCCAGAUCCAUCGAUACCGAAUCAGGUUGCAGGAGCAAAGCGAUUUUGAAUGAUGGCACUCAACAUUGCUGUUCCGCUGACGACUGUUGCAGAUCUGAUGGACGGUUUCGGUCUGCUAUCGCCGAUAUCACCCCUGAGUGUUGUGGUCACGGCAUCCGAAACCCAUGACAAGAAGCAGCUGGUGUCGCCUGUUGGCAGCGAGUCGAGCGGCGUAAGCUCCCUGGAUUCUGAUGAAAUUAAGAAACCGACUUCGCCUUCGACGAGUCCUACGGAAGAAUUGGAAAAGGGUCCGACGGCCAGUUCCCCAUUGCCUCUGUCCUCGGCGAUUAAAUCCGAAUCGAAUCUUCCAGAGGAACCGAGCAAAUUGUCCGGCUGCUCGUCCACUCGGUCCUCAUUGUCUUCAACGGAUAGUAUCGGCAGCGGAAGUGACAGCGGAGCCAGUAGCUCCUCGGAGGAAUCGGCCAAUGUCGCGGAAGAAAAUGACCCUACCAAAAAUGCCGAACAAAAACAGCCGGAACCGGAACCACCCGUUGAACUGAAGGACGUUAAACUGGUCAUCGGUGGUCGUAACGUGCUGGAUUUGAUGGACAACCUAACCACUCCCAAUCAUUUCCGAUUGCAAUUUGCUCAACUGCCGGAAAAUGACAAUAUUCACUUUUUUUUGGAUAAUCGUUCCCAGUAUCAUCGGUUGGGUGCCAAUGGUCAUAUCCAGGAGUAUACGAUGGUCAAGUGUAAAUGUUGCGAUUUCCGCUAUCCGGUCAAUGGUACAUCACUAACCAGUGGAGCAAUGACAGCAAGCAUGGGCCAACAAGGCUUAACGGCCGCUUUGAUGCAGCAACAACAACAGCAGCAACAGAAAAUACAGCAACAACAGAAUCAGCAACAUUUCCAGUGGAACAGCUUUGCCAAUAGCAUUAAUAGUACUGCUAGCAAUAGAGAUAAGUUCAGUCUAAGUUCUGCAGCUAACGCAUUUACCAAAACUUUCGGCAAUAAUAACAAUAGUGGCAACAACAAUGGCAGUCAGUAUUUCAGAAACAAUGGUAGCUCGUCCUCUGGAUUGUUUGGAAGAGAUUCCAACCGUAAUAGUGGCGGAAAUUUAUUUAACAAUAGCACCAGCACGUACAACAAUCACAAAUCAUAUCAGCAGAGCUUUGGAUCAUCAAACAACAACAAUCACAACGGCAGCAAUAAAUUUGGCAACAAUCAAUAUGGCAACAGCAGCAGCAACUACCAACAUCAGCCCUGGUACAACAGGAACAAUACGCAAUUGCGCCACGGAAACGGCAAUAACAAUCAAUCAGCCGCCUCAAGUGGCACUUUCAACUCGCCGGCCGCGGUGGCUGCUGCAGCUGUCUUGGCCAACCAAAAUUUGAUGAACUUCGGUAGCUUCAAUAAUUCCAACAACUUCAACUCCAAAAAUAUGUACGCUUACUAUAAAACUAUGAUGUAAAGCGGAAGAGAGGGAGGAUACAACUUGCCUGAACGGGAGGAUUGUGUGAUCCAGCACCGAAACAGGAAUCGGUGCCAUUAGCUACUUUGGGAGAAAGUAUCCCUCAUUACGUCUCCACUAGUCCUCUCGAAAGAUUCUCGAAGCAACCAACCAACCAAACCUGACCUGAGUUGCCCACUCCCCUCUCAAUGAGAGAAAACACGAGAAUGUGCGUGCGUGUGUGUAUGUCCAUUUUCUCUCCCGAGAAGAUUGUAGACAAGUUUGAAUUGAGAUUUUAGAACAUUCUGUUCCUUUCCAGCUUGACGAAUCCUUCCGGCAUUUCAGGAAACAGAGGAAAUGGAAGCAGCCAAAAGCAAACUUUUUAAAACGUAAAUCUUAUCAUUGUGACCAGCCAGUAGUGCACUUGCUGCUAGCAAGCAAAUUUUAUAGACUUUAAACCAAAUCAAAAACAAUGGAAACGAAAUCAUACGGGAAUAGUAGGAACAACGGACACACAGUAAUAGGUUACGAAUGAAACCGAACACAUUACAAUUUUACGUCGAGAUAUUUAAAUGCAAAAUCGUUGUAAUUUUUCACACAAGCAUAUAUAUAUUUUUAGAGUAAUUGACUUUUCAUAAGAAAACCAAUGUUGAAUUUUAGUUAUUUAUUAUUAUCCAUUGUAUUUCCAUCCAAAAUCCAAAAAAAAACAGUUUGAUGUUGAUUCUUAGUUGCGUACAUUGUUGGAACGAAGCGAGAAGUACAAUACAGUUACGUGGUUGUAUUUUCCAUGACUGUCAGCAGCUCUAUCUAUUUGCAGCUCGGGUGAACCAGACAAUGGAGAAUAUUUGACUUGCUGAGCUUUGCCUUUCUCAGAAUUUCGUAGUACAAAUUGAUCCUACUGAUGCCGAAUUGACUUGUAAAGAGAUUACUCUGCUGCUUAAUAAAUCUGCGUGUAUCCCGAGCUGUUGAUACAUGGUCUUGUAGUUCUUAAAAAUGCUUCGAUAAAUUACGAACAUCAUAAACAAUGUUAAGCAGAAGCGAACCUAUACGAAAGAUCUUUUUUAUACACCCUCUGUGCUAUCCGUGUUAUUUUUAUAAUGUAUGUCACAAGAACCCUGGCGAGGGGACAAUUCCUUCCCACGGACAAUAUCAUUGAAAAAACCAACGUUAGUUAUAUGAUGAUAGAGAAUUUACUAUAAAUACUACUAUUAUACACUCAAGAAAGUGAAAACACGUACACAUGCAUACACAGGAAAGGAUCUCAUAGUCAAUCAGUUGGUUUAAGAUCGAUACGACAUACGAAGUGAUUUAUAGAGAAGAUUUGAAAAGAAUCAAGUUAUCUAGAGCGAGAAAACUAUAAGUUUAAAGAACAAAACACUACACACGGUAUCAGCCUUCUGCUAGAGAAAAACAUAAAUAGUGAACGCAAUAGAAAUGUGAAAUCGUUUUCCAUCCUCAAGGUCUUUUAAUAUUAGGAAAUAUGGUUUAAAUCUGUUUUAUGAGGUUUAGGGAAAAACAAAACUAGAAUCACCCAUAAAUAUUGAUAAAAAGUUUUUAUUACCAAGCAUUAAUUAUAAAACAAACUUAGAUAAAAUAAAGAGUGUAUUAAACUUUAAGUUAAAAAGAGGAAACAAACAUGUGAGAAUCGUUAGCACCAGCAUAAACAUUAAAUUAAAAACCCUGAAGACAUAUACAUAAGUCAAAUUGGCUGCCUACAAAACAAGACCUAGUAUUAAUGGAAAAACUCGGAAAUGUCUUCGUCGGUUGUUUUUUGCUAUGCUAUUUUUCUAAUUCUUGUAUCAAUUCUCAUGCACAUUUCCGAGAAUCAUUGUUGAUGAGAAAGCAUUCAAUAGAAUAAAUAAGAAACUGAACACUAAUCGAUGAAGAAAAGAUCGACGUUCGGCUGCUCCAAGCGGCCAGACGAACGGGUAUGAGAUUUCAGCUUACUUGCCAUUUCAAUUUCAGAAACAACUGACCAAGAAUAAAGAAAAAAGAACAAUGUUUCAAACAUAACUUCUUAACACUAAUCAAAUACAAGAAUUCCUAAACAAAAACAUAUUGUACUAAAAUCUAAAAACAGUUAAACAUAAAACAAAAUGCCAAAUCAAAAUCAUUUAUCGAACACAAUUUAUAAGCGCAAUAAAAACAUGAAAACUAGGUUUUCCCACAUUUGUCUUUGAUAUUGAGUCUGAAAUUACAUUUAAAAUUAGGUGCAAAAUGUGGAAUCAAUACUCACACUGAAUUGGAAACGAAAACACAUUCUAUAAGAUAAACUAAAGAUACCUUACAAUAUUUGAUACACCUUAACAAAAGUAAGCUGAAGAAGUUGGCGCGAAAUCAAAUUUCUGCAGCAACAACAACAACAAUAAACUGAUGGGAACAAAAAAACAAAAUCGGAACAAGCUUCCAACCAAAUUUGAUUGUGAGACGUGCACGGUAGUUUACAGUUUCCUUCUUUAUCCCAAACAAUACAAAACUAAAUGAUACUGUUUCUAGUUUUCCAGUUGAAAUUUUUGUUUUUUUUUUUAUUUUACUUAUCAUUUUGCUAUUGUUUAAACAGCGCCUUUAUCUGAAUCAUUCGUGUGCUAAUAGUAUAGUGUUAAAAGAAAUUUUAAGCAACAAGUCAUAUUUAGGUGUUAGGUAAAGAAAAAUAAAAUAAAUGCAUGCGAAUGCAUAUUAUACAGGUCGAACUUGGAAAACAUCAAUCGGGCUUAAUCAUAACAAACGCUAGAUUGUGUGUAAAGAAGUGUUAUUUUUUCACGAAACGAGGUGUGGUGUGGAUUUUUGUACACUUAUGCAAACGUUUCCCUAAACCCCGUCUAAACGAAAACUACCUUUUUCAGCCGAGUUUUAAUCACUAUUAGACUGAAUAAUUUGAAUAUCACUACGUGACAGAAAACUAAUUGUUAUUUCUUUUUAUAAAAUGUACCAAAAAUAAUAUCCACACAGAGCGUCCCAUGCUAGUUAUCUGUUUUGUAAAUCAUUAAUCUAAUCAAAUAGUGAGACUAAAAAGAGACAGAUUGAAAAAUUCACUGUUUCUAGUAAAUUGAAUCGAAAAUAUUAGAUGAUAGAUGUAUAAGCUUCGCGCUCAAAAAUAAAACAAACAUUUAGAAUAGGACAUAUUGAUUCAAACACAGCCCGGAAAACAACAAAAAUCAUACAAACACAGAAUACGUACCGUUUGUUAGAUUUGGCCCUGCAGCAAACGGAUUGCUGGAGAUAUAUGUGAAGUUUUUUUUUCACUUUUCAAAAUUAUUGUUAGCUACUGUUAAGUCGUCAAAUAUAUGUAUGCCCUUUGUGAUGCAAUGUUUCCAGGUUUACAAACUUCUUACAGGAAUACAUGAAUCAGUAAUUAAUGCCAUCAAUCCGAUUAAAACUGUAAUUGCUUUUUACUUUUUAUCCUGUUGAAAUUGAACUUCUUUCAUUCGUCGUUUUUCUUUUACUGUUGAAUUUAAGUAUUUCAGAAAUCCACAAAAAUGUUUCGAAAACGGAUUUUAUAUUAAAAAACGGAGUACCCCAUAAGAAAACUAAGUCAGACGUGUGACAAUAGCAUGCAGUUGGAAUCUUUCGCCGCUUAGAAGAAUAGCGUAACUUUUUUGUUUUGUAAAUUCUUUAUUUGAAACGGCUCAUACCUUUCAGGCAUAAUAGCGUAACUUAUUAACGAAUAAAAAUAUAUCGAUUAUGUUAUGAUCUUGUUGCUUAUUCUGUGAUGGCCUUUAUGAUCCAAGGCACUAAUAAUGUAAUCCGUUUAGUUUCUUUUUUUUGUAAAUACUAUUAGUUUCCUCCCCUGCGAAAUUCCGCAUAACUGUUUUGAAGUUUGGCACCGUCACUUAAACCCGGAUGUUAUCGAUUACAAAUCGAAACAAUUUAAAUACUGGAAAGUAUCGAAACAUACUAAAAUUCGCUCUAUUAAAGUUUUCUGUUCGAUGAAUACGUGUAUUUGAAGCAUUCUAGUUCAUAGUUUGUAGAAGUUAACAUUAUAUUAACAAUUUAGCCGAUUAAACAAAUUUAUUAUUUUUAUACCUACGUUUUCAAGACAAGGAAAAAAGGCAAACAUUCAAACCAGUUGUUUUCACUGCAUUGUGUAUUGUGUUGAAAAAAAAACUUCUGUUCGAUACUCGAAUAUGGACGAAAUAAAACGGUUAUCCUAGAAUGUAUUUUGUGUUGAGAUGCACAAUAGAGAGCAGGAAGUAAAAUCUUUUCCGAGAAAAACGCUAAACAAUUAACUUCGUUUACCUGCUGUUCAAAUUUUCAACUUCCACCUUCCAUGCGGUCAUAAGUUGAGUAAAUACCUGAAUUUUUCUGUUCUUUGUCAUUCAAUUAACUAGAAUUCGUCGUUACCAAAAAAAAUUCCUAGUGGCGAAAGCUAUCCGUCUCACCAUAGGGUUCACUCCGUUUGAUAAAGAAAAAUCCCAUAUGAUAAUAAUAGUUUGAUAGUUGUUCAAAAUAGAAAUACAUUUAGCUAUAACUGAGAUAUGAAAUCGCAAAAGCAGAAUUAAAAGUAAAACUCCUAUUUAUACUUAAUUUAUUUUGACCAGUGCUUUUUCCAUUUAUAUUCGAAAAAACGGACCGGCUAUGUCAUGAUUUGAUUACUUUCCGUUCCAAUUUAUCACAGUUGACUCGCAAUGACAAACAUUUCAUGAACUUCAUCUAUAACUACUUCUCUACAAAGAACAUCCAUUUUUUUUUUUAAAUUUGUCUACAAAUAAAAGAGAAUCCUUUACCCGGUGAUUGAUCAGUUAGGUUUUAUAGGCGUUUAUGUACUUAAUAUUUGAAAAUUAGCUCGAGAAUUGGCUUUUUUGAAGUCAUAGUAUACUUAUCGGUUUCGAAUUUAUCGUGCAAUUUCGCUUCUACUGACAGCUAAUUGUAUACUACGAAUCUAUUUCAAUCUCGGUUUUAAAUAAGAAAACACGAAAAACUUUGAACUUUUUCUACACAUGAUCGAGUACAGCAAUACUAUUUAUAAAAUGUGAACAAUAUAAUAAUGAAAUGAUGUUGUCAGUCAAUAUUUGAACAAAUUAGCUUAUUUCUGGCUUCGUAAUAUGUAGAUGUGUUCUCAAGAAGUCAACGUGAAGGAAUUGUUGUAUGCAAGAGAAUUAACAAAUAUAAAUGUAAAAUAAAAAAAAAACUACAGAUUCGAAAAGACGAAAAAAAUAAAUUGAUUUAACCAAAAUCUGGUUUUGGUUGAACCAUCCAACAACGAUUUAUGUUAAAGUCUGCAGAUCCCGUCACCGUAUAAAAAAAACACAAAAAUACGCUUUAAAUUCCCUUUCUUCAAUGGAAGCGAAAAGUUGGAGAUCACGUGAAAAUAUUGAAAUGUUUGACAUAAUAAACCAUUGUCGAUGAAUGAGGCAACGGAAAGUUAAUUGCAAAGGAAAACAAAACUAAACUCAACAAAAUACUAAACUAACCACGGUUACAUUAAUGCGAGAAAAAUACAAACCGAAAAAAGGAAAAAACACAACUAUAUUCUUAUUGAUUGAGACUGUAUAUUCCAUUGUGAUAAAAACAAAACAUUAAUAAAUAAAAGUGAAAAAAUAAUAAAGUACGUUGAAAUAGUGAAAAUGAAUAAUACAUUAAUUUAUAAAAUAAAAAAAAUAAUUUGAACAUGGUUUACCAA